UUCUUUCUAUAAUUACAAACGGGUUUUUUUAACGCGUUAUAGACGGAGCAGAUACAAGGAACCUCUUCCUUCUUUUUUUUUUAAUAAUCUACUGCAACAAAUAAAUCUUGGAUCUUAAAAAUCACACAUCAUGUUUUUCUUGAAAGAAUUGACACACACUAUUUCCUUACACCCAUCGUAUUUUGGACCCAAUAUGCAAGUUCAAUUAAAGGAUAAAUUGUAUGCUGAUGUGGAGGGAACAUGUACAGGAAGAUAUGGUUAUGUUAUCACAGUCUUAUCCCUUCACAAUAUUGGCAAAGGUAAAAUCUUACCCGGAUCUGGCUUGGCAGAAUUCAAGGUUAAUUAUCAAGCUAUCGUCUUCAAACCUUACAAGGGUGAAGUCUUGGAUGCAAUCGUCACAACUGUAAAUAAGAUGGGUUUCUUUGCAGAUGUUGGUCCUUUACAAGUCUUUGUUUCUAACCAUCUUAUACCCACUGAUAUGAAAUUCGAUGCCAAUGGCAAUCCACCAUGUUAUUCUUCGGAGGAUCAGGUGAUACAGAAGGAUGUUCAGGUUCGCUUAAAAUUGGUAGGUACUCGUGUCGAUGCAACUGAAAUAUUUGCUAUCGGUACUAUUAAAGAAGAUUAUUUGGGUGUUAUUUCUUCUUAAAGAUCCCCCUUUCCUCUUACUCAUUUGCUCCUAAACAACAACAAAAAAGAGAAAAAUCAAUAAGAGCCAUAAUUUUCGAUAUUUUGUGUAUUUUCUUUUUUUUCUACCCUGAAAGACUUAAUUUUUCAAACCAAACUGUAAUAACAAGAUAAUCCGGAUCAAAAAAAAUAAAUAAGACUUUAGAUAAUUUGUAUUUAUUGCAAGGCCUAUUAGCUCGAAAUGGUUUAGGUGAUAGUGCGAGACAACCUUUCUUGACGAGGAUCUCCAUUAUCUUGAAAGAUCAGUUUAUGAAGAUUUGAAAAAAAACACAAAAAUAAAGGCCUUUUCUUUUCAUCCUCUUUCAAGUUCCC